UGAAACUUGAAAGUUGACUGUCUCUCUCUCUAUUAUAUUAUAUUAUAUUAGUAUAUAGAUAUGUGUAUGAUUUCAAUUGUUGUUCACUUGGGUAUUGACGUUAGAAGGAACUGAUGAAUGAACCCACCACAAUCACAAUCACAAUCACAAUCACAAUUUGUAAUACGUACUCAAUAACAAGUUAGAAGAAGAAGAAGAUAAAGUCUUGCCUUGCUGUCUAAUAAUAUAACUUACAAAAAAACCCAAUUGAAUUGAUGAUCCUAUCUUUGUUGUUGUAUCAAUAUAAUAAUCAAUUCCUCCGUUAAUUAAUUAUUAAGAUACAUAUAACAACAAACAACAGAGAAGAGAAAUGCGUCUAAGUCCUCCGUUCCAAUGGCGGCUGCUGGUGGUGGUGGUUAUGGCGUUGACUGUAAGGAUGGUCAACGGCGGGGAGUAUUUUAAGGCGUAUAAUGUGAGUUACGAUCACAGAGCCCUUAAGAUAGAUGGGCAACGAAGAAUCCUGAUUUCUGCUGGAAUUCACUAUCCUCGUGCCACUCCUCAGAUGUGGCCUCAUCUGAUAGCCAAGAGCAAGGAAGGUGGGGCUGAUGUCAUUCAAACUUAUGUAUUCUGGAGUGGCCAUGAGCCAGCUAGAGGACAGUAUAAUUUUGAGGGAAGAUAUGAUCUGGUGAAGUUUGUACAGCUGGUUGGAGCUAGCGGGCUCUAUCUUCAUCUUCGAAUAGGUCCAUAUGUUUGUGCAGAGUGGAACUUUGGGGGUUUCCCUGUGUGGCUUCGUGAUAUUCCUGGAAUUGUAUUUCGGACAGACAAUGAACCAUUCAAGGCAGAGAUGCGACGUUUUGUCAAAAAAAUAGUGGAUGUGAUGCGAGAGGCAUCUCUUUUCUCUUGGCAAGGAGGUCCAAUUAUCAUGUUGCAGAUUGAAAAUGAGUACGGAGAUGUCGAAAGCUCUUAUGGCCAAAAAGGAAAGGACUAUGUAAAAUGGGCUGCAAAAAUGGCUGUUGGACUUGAAGCUGGCGUCCCAUGGGUUAUGUGCAAGCAGACUGAUGCUCCAGAGUACAUUAUAGAUGCUUGCAAUGGAUACUACUGUGAUGGUUUUAAACCCAACUCCAACAAUAAACCAGUACUGUGGACAGAAAACUGGGAUGGAUGGUAUACAACUUGGGGAGGAAGACUUCCUCACAGGCCUGUAGAGGAUCUUGCAUUUGCAGUUGCUCGAUUUUAUCAGCGGGGAGGAAGCUUUCAGAAUUAUUAUAUGUUUUUUGGCGGGACAAAUUUCGGGCGAACUUCUGGAGGCCCUAAUUAUGUCACUAGUUAUGAUUAUGAUGCUCCAAUUGAUGAAUAUGGUCUUAUAAGUCAGCCUAAAUGGGGGCAUCUAAAGGAUCUCCAUGCAGCUAUAAAGCUUUGUGAGCCUGCACUAGUUGCUGCUGAGUCGGCUCAAUAUAUUAAAUUGGGAUCUAUGCAAGAGGCACACGUGUACCGUAAUAAUGGAAGUAUUUGCUCUGCAUUUCUUGCAAAUAUUGAUGAACAUAAAGCAAGCACUGUGCAAUUUCAUGGUCAAUCAUACACUUUGCCGCCAUGGUCUGUGAGUAUACUACCAGACUGCAUAAACACCAUAUUCAACACUGCAAAGGUUGGGGCACAGACCUCCAUUAAAGGGGUUGAUAUAAAGGCGAUGGCCUCUGCAAAGAGUGCUACUAAUGAGCUCUAUAUGAUUCAGAAGGAAAAACCCCUCGUAUCAGAAUCAUGGAUGACACUCAAGGAGCCCAUUGGUGUUUGGGGUGCUGAUAAUUUCACUGUUCAAGGCAUUUUGGAGCAUUUAAAUGUGACAAAAGACCGAUCUGAUUACUUAUGGUAUAUCACCAGAGUUUAUGUUUCUGAGGGGGACAUUGCAUACUGGAAGGAAAAUGUAGUUAGUCCAACUCUUACAAUUGAUAGUAUGCGUGAUAUAGUUCGUAUCUUCAUCAAUGGACAACUUAUAGGAAGUUCAAAGGGUGACUGGGUCAAGGUUGUACAACAAGUUCAUUUUAAGCAAGGAUACAAUGACCUGAUGUUAUUAUCACAGACUGUGGGCUUACAGAAUUAUGGUGCCUUCAUUGAGAAAGAUGGAGCAGGAUUUAAGGGCCAGAUCACUCUAACUGGAUUCAAGAACGGUGAUGUUAAUCUAACACAUUCACCAUGGACCUAUCAGGUUGGGCUUAAAGGUGAAUUUCUAAAGCUAUAUGCUACUGAUGAUAACGGAAGUUCGGGUUGGACUAAUUUGGCAAAAGACGAGGUUCCAUCAAUCUUUUCAUGGUACAAGACAUAUUUCGACUCCCCGUUCGGAAAAGAUCCGGUGAUUCUUGAUAUGAGCAGUAUGGGCAAGGGUCAAGCUUGGGUCAAUGGACACCAUAUAGGAAGAUAUUGGACUCUUGUUGCACCAAAAAAUGGAUGCCAGGAAACUUGUGAUUAUCGUGGAUCGUAUAAUUCAGACAAAUGUACUACAAAUUGUGGCAAGCCUACUCAGACUUGGUAUCAUGUUCCAAGAUCAUGGUUACAGCCAUCGGACAAUCUGCUAGUUCUAUUUGAGGAGACAGGAGGGGACCCUUUUGAAAUUUCUGUCAAGACGGUUUCUGUUGGAACUGUGUGUGGUCACAUGUCUGAGGAUUCCUAUCCACCCGUUCAUAUGUGGUCCUCAAGUUACAUCAAUGGACGACUGCCAGCAAGUCAGAUGAAACCAGUAAUGGAAUUGCAGUGUGAAGAUGGUUUCACAAUUGCAUCCAUAGAGUUUGCUAGCUACGGAACUCCUCAAGGUAGCUGUCAAGCGUUCUCCACAGGCAACUGCCACGCACCAACUUCAUCGUCCAUCUUGUCCAAGGCCUGUAAAGGAAGAAAUAGCUGCAACGUAGAAGUCUCUAAUUCUAUAUUUGGAGACCCAUGCCCAAGGACUGUAAAAACCUUGGCCGUGAAGGCAAGAUGUGAACCAUCAUCGGCAUCAACUUUAUGGUACACUGGAUUGUCAGAAGUAUAGAGGCAAGAAACAAGAAGCAUCAAGUGCAGCAGUCUUCAAUGCUCUGGCAGCAUGCUUCUCAGCUCGUAUUUUGUUGAAUCUGUGAAGUGGAAUUGCGAACCUUUUGUGUCCUGCAUUGGAGAGUCUACGUGUGAUGAUUCUUCCUGGCUUCAUACAUCUCCUGUUCUUAAUUUAAUUGGUAAGACUUGGGGGCUGACAUGUUUUAAGUUCAAAUUAUCCGUGGGCCUGUAAUAAAGGUUCACGUUUCGGGGCUGUCUAUAAAUAGUAACCAGCAGCAUAUAUAUACCGUGUUAAACAGCUAGCUAGCAGAAUAAUGCUCUUGUGUUGUAUGUGUGUGUGUAAAGGAAUUUAUGAAUGAUUGUGUUACGAAAUAGUUAAUGUGAAAUCACGUCUUUUCAAAGAAUUUAUUAAAACAAAAGUUAUUAACUAA